AUGUGUAAACAGCUGAGUGAAUUUUAUUUGAGUUGCCGCAAUAAUAACAUAGAAAAAGUAAAAGAAUAUUUAAUAACAAUAACGGAAAAAGAAAUAAAUCAUCUUGAACCAAAUGGUAGCACUGCUUUACAUGCGGCUAGUUACAAUGGACACGGUGAUAUUGUUAGACUUUUACUGGACAAGGAAGCUUCAACCACAUUAAAAAAUCGUUAUGGUUAUACAGCUGAACAAGAGGCUAGAACUGAUACGAUAAAAGAAUUAUUUCAACAACGGAAAAAAGCAUUUAUAGUUAAUAAAAAAACAGGUCAAAAAUAUCCAUUAAAUGGUGUUAAACUAGAUCCAAACGGUGUUAAUGAUGCACCGAAUACAAUAAAAUUUGGAUCUAUUCAACAUUCAAUUGUUCAGCUUCCACCAAUUGUCGAUUUGAGAAGAGACUGUACCACUGUUGAAAAUCAAGAACAGAUUAACAGUUGUGUUGGUAACGCUUUAGCUGGUGCCUAUGAAUAUUUAAUUAAAAAAGAAACUGGAAAACAAGUUGAUAUAAGUAGACUAUUUAUUUAUUUUAAUGCACGUGAACUUAGGAGUCAACAGAUUCGAGAUGAAGGCUGUUAUAUUUCCGAUGCAAUCCAAACAUUAAAAAGAACAGGUGUUUGUAAAGAAUAUUUUUGGCCAUAUAAUAUUGCUAAUGUAAAUACAAAACCAUCAUCACAUGCAUAUAAAGAAGCUAGUCCAUAUACAGUUUAUGAUCGUGAAGGAAUUAGAUUAGAAGCUAAUCUUCAACAAAUGAAGCAAUCAUUAGCCGAAGGAUAUCCAUUUGCAUUUGGCUUAAUGACAUAUGAUUCAUUUGCUCAAUCAAGUCACAAUGGAGGGCAUGUAUUGAUGCCAAGUCAAAUGGAUAAACAAAGAGGACCAGCAGGACACUGUAUGUUAGCCGUGGGCUAUAAUGAUAUGCAUAAAAAAUUUAUUGUUCGAAAUUCGUAUGGAACGCAAUGGGGAGACAAAGGAUAUCUCUAUAUCCCAUACGAGUACAUGAGUAACCCGUACUAUAAUCAAGAUAUAUGGUCUAUAAGGAAAAUUGCACAGCGUAAUUCAAUACAACAACAAAUCGAAGAGACAAACGAUCAACAACAUGUUAAAGAUCAUUCAUGGUUUUGGAAUCUGGAUGAUAAUUGGAUUAAAAAUAAUUUUCAACAAUUUUAUUAUGUCCAAUCCGCCUCUUGUACACCGCAACACUUUCAACCAUUUAAUCACUCUCCUUUUUUUGGUUCAGCUAAUACUGCUCUUAAGUGUAAAGAUCAAGCACAGGCUUCAGAAACGGAUAUUGAUGAUGAGGACUGUUACAUCGAAUGGGUUAAAUAA